AGGAGCUCGAGGUUAAGCUUGAGCUUCCCCUCUGCAGGAUAUAUAAACAGAAAAACAACCUCCCCCAGUCCCAAAUCAUGCAAGCGUGAUAUCGGCUGCUUGAAUUGGACAGCAUGAGACCCGCAGCGUUGAGGGCGCUGAGGAACGCGCGCUACAGCGCUCUGCAUCCCAGAAAGAGUGCUCUCACACUCAACUCACUUCGAAACUCAACACAACACUGGUCAAGCCUGAGCUUGGGCGCAUCACGCCGCUUUUCUUCAACACCCACAAAGCUAGAGAAUAAGAGUCCCGAACAGCUGUAUGAUGGGCUCAACGAAGAAAGGAAGUGGUCGACUCCCCUGGCCAAGCAGUUGGGGGAAGCCAUUGAGGCAACCGGCCCUGUACCACUCGCCAGUUACAUGCGCAUGUGCUUGACUGCUGAUAUCGGCGGCUAUUACACCGGGGCCAUCGAGGAGGGCCGCGACCAGUUCGGUCUGAAGGGCGAUUUUGUCACCUCCCCUGAGAUCUCCCAGGUCUUUGGCGAGCUCUGCGGCAUUUGGUAUGUGACUGAGUGGAUGGCCCAGGGCCGCCCAGGGAAGGGUGUCGAGUUGAUCGAGGUCGGCCCCGGCCGUGGCACGCUGAUGGACGACAUGCUACGGACCAUUCAGCGGUUCCCGGCCAUGGCCAACAGCAUUGACGCCAUAUACAUGGUCGAGGCUAGCCCAGAGCUGAGAGUAGCCCAGAAGAACCUCCUCUGCGGCGAGGACGCUCCCAUGACCGAGUCCAAGGUGGGCUACCACAGCGUGUGCAAAUACAACGCCCUGCCUAUCGUCUGGACCGAGACUAUCAAAUCCAUCCCCAUCACUCCCGAAAAGAUGCCCUUCAUAAUGGCCCACGAAUUCUUCGACGCCCUCCCCAUCCACGCCUUCGAACUAAUCUCAGUCCCCCCCUCCCAAACCACCACCCCCUCCCCCACCGACGCCUCCUCCCCCUCCACCAAAACCUCCCACCCCACCCUCCAAUGGCGCGAGCUCCUCGUCUCCCCCACCCCCCCAGGCUCAACCCACACCACGCUCAACACGCCCCCCUCCCAAUCCCGCGACACCCCGCCCCCCGACUUCCAACUCACCCGCGCGCAAGCCCCGACCCGCCACGCGCUCUACCUCCCCGAAUCCUCCCCGCGCUACCGCGCCCUCAAAACCCCCACCCACACAACCGCCCUCAUCGAAAUCUGCCCCGACGCCUCCCUCUACGCCACCGAUUUCGCCACCCGCAUCGGCGGUUCCCCCACCCACCCCAAACCCCGUCCCAGCGGCGCCGCCCUCAUCCUAGACUACGGCCCCGGCGACGGCUCCAUCCCGACCAACUCGCUGCGCGGCAUCCGCCGCCACCGGCGCGUCAGCCCCUUCGCGGAGCCCGGGCUGACCGACCUCAGCGCGGACGUGGAUUUCGCGGCGCUGGCGGAGGCGGCGACGCGCGCGAGUGGCGGGGUGGAGGUGCACGGCCCGGUGGGGCAGGGUGAUUUUUUGGAGUGUAUGGGGAUUAGGGAGAGGGUGGAGAUGUUGGUGAAGGCUGUGGAGGAGGGAGGUGGGGAGGGGAAGGCUGGGGAAGGGGAAGGGAGAGGGGGGGUUAAGGCGGCGGAGGAUGUGCGCAAGGCGUGGGCGAGGUUGGUGGAUCGCGGGCCGAAUGGGAUGGGGAAGUUGUAUAAGGCGCUGGCGAUCUUGCCGGAGAAUGAGGGGCGGCGGAGGCCAGUUGGGUUUGGGGGGGAUGUUGCCGCGUAGGGUUGGUUGGGGUGGUGUGAUGCUGUGGUGGGAGUGUAAGAUGGGUCGGUGUUGAUGUUGGUUCGUGGGGUUGGUGUGUAGGAUGGUUCAACGGUGCUUGAUUAUCCUCCGUGGGUUGGAAAUCUCAGCUGGUUACCUCGGCUUGUACGAUUAAACGACAUCUGGAACUCAAAGGUGUGAACAAUAAAAUAGGCUUGGAACUGCUUCG